AUGUCACCGGAGGAAUACGCCAAAGAAUCCGGCGAUCUUGGAGGAACCGAACUGACCCUAGCCCUGCCCGGCGCUCCCAUAAAGGCAUCGGACGGUCAGCAAAAGUCCGGAAACAAACGUCGUAGAUUCAUCGAGACCAUUGACUUGAAACUCGGGGAAGGACAAGUGGACGAUUACAUCUCAUGCAACACUUAUGACCGAUUGGUAGGGUGGCCGCCGGUGAGUACGGCGAGGCGGAGGAAACACGUGAAAGUUGCGGUGGAUGGUGCGGCCUAUCUCAGAAAAGUCGAUCUAGGGAUGUACGAUUGCUACGGUCAACUCUUCACCGCUCUAGAAAACAUGUUUCAAGGGCACGUAACAAUAUGUAAGGUGACGACUGAGUUGGAGAGGGGCGGAGAGUUUAUGGCAACUUACGAGGAUAAGGACGGUGACUGGAUGUUGGUCGGAGAUGUGCCGUGGAUGAUGUUUGUGGAAUCGUGCAAACGUAUGCGGUUGAUGAAAGCCGCGGAUGCUAUUGGGUUACGUUCAGCCAAUUCCAAAUAG